AUGACUUGCUGUGAGCUCAGUUUGCAUUCUGUGACAGAAGGGCAGACUUUCAUUUGCUCUCUAAGCACCUUUGAAGUAAAGCUGCCUCUCCGUGCCUCCCUGCACCAGGGGCUGCUCGGAUGGCCGCAGGAGAUCCCCGGCACCUCGCACCUUCACACACCUCAGGAGAGCCCUGAGGGCCAUCGGAUGAAGCCUCGCCACCGCAGGGACCUCCUCAGGGCUCGGCCCGGUGCUGUGCAGGAACACCACCGCAGGACCCGCAGCUCCCAUGGCGAGGCUGACCUGCUGCGCCCAGAAGUCACUCAGACGGAGCGGCGGGCAGGAACGGCGCCUCAGAGCUUCACGGCGCCUCAGAGCUUCCCGCCUCCCCGCACACCUGAGGCAGAGAGACCCCGCACUGCGGCUCCUCAGCCCUCCCGCAGCCCGCGGCUGCCCCCAGCCCGCUCCCAGCCCUUCUCCAUCCCACUCAAAGCCGCUCUCACCUGCUGCCGCCUCCUCUGCCGCCGCCUACCUCCGCUGCCGCCCUGGAGGAUGCUCGGGCAGCCGGAGCGCUCACCUCAGCUGCACCGGCCCCAACGGCCGCCAGGGGGCUGCGGCACGCCGGGUAACGGAGCUCCCCGCCCUCAGCGCGGCCAAUCGUGUUUCUCGGCGCGAAGCGUGCCGGGAGCUGUAGUUUCCCGCUCUGGCGCGGCCGCGGCGCACACUGGGAGAUGGAGUCGCGGCAUCGCGCCUCACCGCGGGCGUCUCCCUCAGCGAAACUACGAUACCCAUAGGCACCCGCGCGCCACUCCCUCCGCGCUACGGAAGCCGCGCUGCCUGCGGCUGGAGCGGGUCGGGGCGCCGAGGACAGCGAUGGCGGGCGCACCUCCGCCUUCCACGCCGGGCGGUUCGCAGCCGCCGCCGCCUCUGCAGUACAGCGCUCUGCUGCAGCACCUGGUGGGAGAACAGCGGCGGCCCCGAGUGUGGGACCCCAACACCUUCGGGGGCAUUCCCAGCCCGCCCAAGAGCAAGGAGCAGAAGAUGGUGGAGAGGGCCAUGGAGAGCUGCGCCUUCAAAGCGGCGUUGGCCUGCGUGGGGGGGUUCGUCCUCGGAGGAGCGUUUGGGAUCUUCACUGCUGGCAUCGACACCAAUGUGGGCUUCGACCCCAAGGACCCCUAUCGCACCCCGACUGCCAAGGAGGUGCUGAAGGACAUGGGGCAGCGCGGCAUUUCCUAUGCCAAGAACUUUGCCAUCGUGGGCGCCAUGUUCUCCUGCACUGAGUGCGUGGUGGAAUCAUAUCGUGGAAAGUCAGACUGGAGGAACAGUGUUAUUAGUGGCUGCAUCACGGGAGGAGCAAUCGGCUUCAGAGCUGGUAUGAAGGCAGGGGUGAUCGGCUGCGGUGGAUUUGCUGCUUUUUCCGCAGCAAUUGAUUAUUAUCUGCGGUAACGGCAGGAUCCCUCGGGAGCAAGUUUUCCUCGCCUUCCAGUGCUGCUGCUCAGAGCCUGCAUCACGGCAGAAGAACCAUCAGGCCUACCUUUCCACUGCCUUGGAGUCCUGAUCAGUGCAAGCUGGAUGAUGCUGGCUGCUUUUCCUGAAUGACUAACAAUAAUCUGGCUGCGAGCCUUGGCAUGCUGCUUCAGGCAGGCCUGCAGGAAUGUGCAAGGAUGGAGCCAGGCGCAGGGAGCAGUAUCACCAGUACGGAUCAGCUGACUGUCAGUUUCCAGGAAACAAGCCUGGACUCCGAGCUUUCUGGAUCCUUUGGGUCUGAUUUUGAUUAAGUCUGUUGCUAGCAUCAAAAGAGGCAGGAGGACAAUCUUCAUAAAGAAAUGCAGUGGUUUAUGUUAUUGUGUUUGAAUAUGCUGCAAGUGUUUAGCAGCUCCUGGUUUGCAGCUUGCUGCUCUGUUGGGGAGAGGUAAGAUCCUGUGGAGAAAUAGUUUGUUCCAGGCUUUUCUUAAAAUACCAACCGAAGACAAACCACCAUCUGUACAACUUGUCUUAUUUCAAGUACAGAACGAAUGCCAGAUUUCUUUACCAUUUCCUAAAGGGGAAAAGCAAGAAGGAAUCCUGUGCCUUAGAACCAUGUGGUUCCUGGCAGAUGAACAAAACAGUUGAAGGGUAAAAAAGAGGUUGUUGCAGAUGUAUAAUUCUCUGUAGCCAUUUGGCUCGCCUGAUUUAACCUCGCCCUGGGAGUACAAGCAGUUCUGCUACUGCUUUAUACUGCCACAGGCUCACACCCUCAGUUCCAGCAGUUUGAUGGCUGGGCUUUAAAGCAGAGUUGUGAGAAUAAAGACAGAUAACAAGGCGUUCACUUA